AUGCUGGAGAUCCAGCUGGACGAUGGCGGCGUGGGGGGGUACCCGGGCGACGACUACUGCUCGGGCUCCGUCAUGUCGGAGCGCGUGUCGGGCCUGGCCAACAGCAUCUACCGCGAGUUCGAGCGGCUCAUCCACUGCUACGACGAGGAGGUGGUGAAGGAGCUGAUGCCGCUCGUGGUGACGGUGCUGGAGAACCUGGACUCGGUGCUCACCGACAACCAGGAGCACGAGGUGGAGCUGGAGCUGCUGCGGGAGGACAACGAGCAGCUGCUCACGCAGUACGAGCGCGAGAAGGCGCUGCGCAAGCAGGCCGAGGAGAAGUUUAUAGAGUUUGAAGAUGCAUUGGAGCAGGAGAAGAAAGAACUACAAAUCCAAGUGGAACACCUUGAAUUUCAGACUCGACAGCUGGAGCUGAAGACCAAAAACUAUGCAGAUCAGAUUUCACGGCUGGAGGAACGGGAAUCUGAAAUGAAGAAAGAAUAUAAUGCUCUACACCAACGUCACACAGAGAUGAUCCAGACCUAUGUGGAACACAUUGAACGAUCCAAGAUGCAGCAAGUUGGUGGAAAUAAUCAAACUGAGGGAAGUGUACCUGGGAGAAGUCAUCGCCAGUCAUGGAGGAAAAGCAGGAAGGAGCGUCCUAACUCUUUGAACGUCUUCCCCCUCGCGGAUGGAAUGGUACGUGGGCAGAUAGGGGCCAAGAUCGUCCCAACACUGGACCACUGGCACCUGAGUGACCUCGGCCAGCUGCAGUCCAACUCCAGCUACAAGUGCCCCCAAGAUGAAAUGUCCGAAUCUGGACAGUCCUCAGCAGCUGCCACACCGAGCACCACUGGAACCAAGUCCAACACUCCCACGUCAUCUGUGCCCUCUGCUGCUGUCACCCCCCUCAAUGAGAGCAUCCAGCCUGUCAGUGAAUUCAAUGGCACAACCAAGAGCAAUAAGAGGGCACGAGAAAAGCGGAACAGCCGGAACAUGGAAGUCCAGGUCACACAGGAGAUGAGAAACGUCAGCAUAGGCAUGGGAAGCAGUGAUGAGUGGUCCGACGUUCAGGACAUCAUAGACUCUACUCCGGAGCUGGAUAUGUGUCAAGAUCCCCGCCUGGAACGCACCGGUAACAGCCCGACACAGGGGAUUGUGAACAAAGCAUUCGGCAUCAACACAGACUCUCUGUAUCAUGAACUUUCCACAGCAGGGUCCGAGGUUAUUGGGGAUGUUGAUGAAGGAGCAGAUCUGCUAGGGGAGUUCUCAGUACGGGAUGAUUUCUUUGGAAUGGGAAAAGAAGUGGGGAAUCUGCUGCUGGAGAACUCACAGCUACUGGAGACCAAAAAUGCUUUGAACGUUGUGAAGAAUGAUUUGAUUGCCAAGGUGGACCAGCUGUCAGGAGAGCAAGAAGUGCUGAAGGGAGAGCUGGAGGCAACAAAACAGGCCAAAGCCAAAAUGGAAAUCAGAGUCAAGGAACUGGAGGAAGAGCUGAAAAGAGUGAAAUCUGAAGCAAUUGUUGCCCGACGAGAACCCAAAGAGGAGGUGGAGGAUGUAAGCAGCUAUCUCUGUACAGAAUUGCAGUGCUCCUCCCCUCUACAGGACAACAUUCCCAUAGCUCAGCGUCGCCGCUUCACACGUGUGGAAAUGGCCCGGGUUCUGAUGGAACGCAAUCAAUACAAAGAGAGGUUGAUGGAGCUGCAGGAGGCUGUAAGGUGGACAGAGAUGAUCAGAGCUUCCCGUGAGCACCCAUCCGUCCAGGAGAAAAAGAAGUCUACUAUUUGGCAAUUCUUCAGCCGUCUGUUCAGUUCAUCCUCAAGUCCCCCCCCAGCAAAGAGGACCUACCCAUCGGUGAACAUCCACUACAAGUCUCCAACCACGGCAGGGUUCAGCCAGCGGCGCAGCCACACCAUGUGCCAGAUCUCCUCCGGCAGCCGCACGCUUGAAUUCUUCCCUGAAGACGACUGUACCUCGUCAGCCCGUCGCGAGCAGAAGCGGGAGCAGUACCGCCAGGUCCGGGAGCACGUGAGGAACGAUGAUGGGAGACUGCAGGCCUGUGGCUGGAGUCUCCCUGCCAAGUACAAGCAGCUGAGUCCCAAUGGGGGCCAGGAAGACACUCGCAUGAAGAACGUCCCUGUGCCUGUGUAUUGUCGUCCACUAGUGGAGAAGGACCCAACCAUGAAGCUGUGGUGUGCAGCUGGAGUCAAUCUCAUGGGAUGGAGACCUUUUGAGCAGGAAUCUGGGAAUGGACAGAAACUGGAACCUGGGCGUGAUCCUCUCACCUGUGACCGGGAAGUGGAAGGCGAGAACAACAAGAGCAACCAUACAUCUCCUGAGAAGAAAAAGACAAAGGAGCUUCAUGAAAUGGAUGCCACAUCCAGUCGUGUCUGGAUCCUCACCAGUACCCUGUCAACAAGUAAAGUUGUAAUCAUUGAUGCCAAUCAGCCUGGUACAGUGGUGGACCAGUUCACUGUCUGCAAUGCUCACGUGCUCUGCAUCUCCAGCAUCCCUGCGGCCAGUGAGAGUGAUUAUCCUCCAGGCGAGAUCUUUUUGGAGGGAGAUGUUAAUCCUGAGGAGUCGUCUGGAACAGAUGGUGUCUUAGCAGGAAUCACUCUGGUGGGCUGUGCGACCCGUUGCAACGUGCCACGAAGCAACUGCUCCUCGCGUGGUGACACACCCGUGCUGGACAAGGGACAGAGUGAGGUGGCUACAGUCUGCAAUGGGAAGAUCAACCAGUCCCAGUCUACUGAGGAAGCAACAGAAGCUACCGAGAUACCAGAGAAUGGUACAAGUGAGACCGAGCCUGCUCAGGUCCAGCCUGGGCCACUCACAGAGCAUGUGUUUACAGAUCCAGUCCCUCCUCAGGCACCUCCUAGGCAGAACAGUGAGAAUGGGCAGCAGAAGACAGAGUCAAGCACAGUGGCAACAGAUCAGGAAUUGAAUGGGGAUGCUGCUGGGACUUGCACCAGUGCUGCCCCCACCAUGUGGCUGGGAGCACAGAAUGGCUGGCUUUAUGUGCACUCUGCUGUAUCCAACUGGAAGAAGUGUCUGCACUCAAUAAAGCUGAAGGAUUCUGUACUUAGCCUAGUGCACGUGAAAGGAAGGGUCCUUGUUGCUCUGGCAGAUGGAACACUAGCCAUAUUCCACCGAGGAGAGGAUGGUCAGUGGGAUCUCAGCAAUUACCAUCUAAUGGACCUGGGUCACACUCACCAUUCCAUCCGCUGCAUGGCUGUCGUGUAUGACAGAGUCUGGUGUGGCUAYAAGAACAAGAUCCAUGUCAUCCAACCUAAAACAAUGCAGAUUGAGAAAUCCUUUGAUGCUCACCCUCGUCGGGAGAGCCAGGUGCGACAGCUGGCAUGGAUUGGAGAUGGAGUCUGGGUUUCUAUCCGUCUGGAUUCCACGUUGAGGCUUUACCAUGCCCACAGCCAUCAGCAUCUGCAGGAUGUCGACAUCGAGCCGUACGUCAGCAAGAUGCUAGGCACUGGAAAGCUGGGCUUCUCCUUUGUACGGAUUACAGCUCUGCUCAUUGCUGGCAACCGCCUCUGGGUAGGGACAGGGAACGGUGUCGUCAUCUCCAUCCCGUUGACAGAGACUGUAGUCCUCCACCGAGGCCAACUCCUUGGGCUCCGGGCCAACAAAACCUCACCCACCUCUGGAGAGGGCAGCCGCUCUGGUGGAGUCAUCCACGUGUACGGCGAUGACAACAGUGACAAAUCAGCCAGCAGUUUCAUUCCGUAUUGCUCCAUGGCUCAGGCACAGCUCUGCUUCCACGGCCACCGGGAUGCCGUCAAAUUCUUCGUUUCAGUGCCUGGCAACGUUCUAGCCACCCUCAACGGGAGCGUGUUGGACAGUCCCUCGGAGAACCCCAGUACGGCGGCCAGCGAGAGCGAGGGGCAGAAGCUGAAGAACGUCCUGGUGCUGAGCGGAGGGGAAGGCUACAUCGACUUCCGCAUUGGGGAUGGAGAAGAUGAUGAGACAGAAGAGAAUGCAGGAGAUGCCACCCAGGUGAAGCCAGUACUUUCCAAGGCUGAAAGGAGCCACAUUAUCGUGUGGCAAGUAUCAUAUAUCCCUGAGUGAGAAAUUUUCCUUUCCUACCAAUGUAAGUCUCCCUCCUCCCACCUGAAUGCCAAGAUGUACAUACAGAACUCCUGCAUUAUACCUACUGCUGGAAACCGACCCCAGACAACUGCAACGGCUCCUGCCUUGGACUGUGACCCCCUUCUAACCUCUGAACUUGCAGCUUUCAUCUUGAGCCCGUGCGCUUUCUGCGUGCUUGGAUUAUUGUUCUGCUCUGGAGCUGGCGUCUACAAGGAGAGAAAUGGCAGCUCGUGGAUGAAGUGAAGCUUGGAGCCAGAACGGUGCAAACCCUGUGCCCAGGGCCCAGCAGCUGGGUAGGUGGUGGGGUUCUCCAGCAGGUUGCCUCAUUCCCAGCUGCAUGAGAAGCAAUCACCCCAGCAGCCCCACCAAAGCAGUGAUGGUGAAUCACAACUCUCCAGCACCUCAGAAGAAAUCCUUUCUACUUCACCAGUGGAAUUUCCACCUUACCCACUCUCCAUAGGGUACACAGAAGCACAGGAUAACAUCCCAAGGACUGAGAACAGCCAGGCCCAAGCCAGGAACCUUCAGCAGGAAGGAGUGUCAAGGUUUUGGAACUACUCUUGCUAUUUGGCUUGAGAGGGUAACAGUGUCGUGAACAGUUACCACGGGGAACACAUUCUUUGUACAGCAAAUGGAAGGUCCCUCUCUGCUGUUGCUGCUGUUGUCUUAGCAGGAGUGUUCUGGGUGCCUGUGCCCAGCGAGGGCUGUUCGGUAGGGCCAGAUGGAAGACGGGUGUUUCACCGCAGAGGCCACAGGGGCCUAGAAAUCUGCAGUGGCAAGAGGCUGCUGGAACCUUGUUAGAGAACAGAAAAGUCAGCAAGACUUUUAACUCCCCCUUACAAAAAUAUCAGGUAGGAAAAUCUGAAAAGUUCAGUGAGAAAGCUGGCUCUGUUUAGUAUUUGUUGGCUUUUAAAAUACAGGCAAGGAGGGAGCUGUGGUUGUGUGUUAGUGCAGUGAAGUUACCCUGACUCGUGAGGAUGUGCCCCAUUCUGGGAGCUGCUGCUGUUUGGCGUGGAGAUGUCUCUCCUCCUCCACCCCAUAGCAGGGAGGUUGGGAAGGACUGUGUGGGUGCAGUCAAGGUAGAGAAAGGCUGGGUCUUGCCUGAGGCUGCACGAAGGAGGCCAGAUCUCCUGGCCUCUCUGCCUGACGUGACAAGCACUGAUGGGCCUUGCUACUCAACAGGGCRAAAGCUGGAAGUGUCUCACUCCCGAAAAGGAUGGUGACCCCUGAGGGAAAUGCUGGCUGUCCUACUUGGGCAGGCAGUGCUGUGAGGUUGCAGGAGCAUGUCCUGCUUGCAGGAGAAGCAGGGCCAACAAGAGCAGUUUUAGGCUAGAGUGCUAGUUCCAGAUACAGAGGUAACCGUUUGUCCAACACGUGUCCCCUUCCUUUCUGACCAUGGAAACAGCCCUGUGUGCAGAAGGGUGAGUCCUGCUUCCCUGGAGCUCCCCUGUUGGAUGUGGGGGGCAGUGAUUAGCAGUGGAUUUGGGGAGACUGGUGAUUGUUUCUUCCCUGAGCUAGGCAGGUCUGGGGCUCGCUGGGGUAUCUCAGUGCCAGCGGCACACAGCAGUGUCCAGGUUCAGCAGCACUGAGAUGAUUUACUGGUCCGCAGUUCCGGGAAAGGCCGGGGCACCUGCUCUGCCCAGGAGGCCAGGGCUGCGUGCCCGGGGAACAGAGGCCUCGGCCACCGAAUGCACAGGGGCCCUGUUGCCCUGGCUGCCAGGGGCAGUGCUGGCCUCAGGAUGCGCUGCCUCCUGCCACCACCAGGCCCUGGGGCUGCUGCUUUGCUGAGGGAUUCCCUGUGCGGUGGGAACUCCAGCUGCUGCCACCCCUUUCCUGAAAUGCCUUCUGCUGGGAUGGGCUCCUUGGGUUGCAACACAAAGUGCUGAAAGGUUAGCAAGAAAACAGACAUUUAGGCAGCAGAUUCCACAAACAUCUAACAGUUCAUGCCAAAUAAGCUUCCUAAUUUGAACUAGUUUAAGGGAGAAAAAAGCCCUAGCUGCUCCCCUCUCGUAGCUCUGUAGAACUUUCCAUAUGAAAACACAGAAGUGCCACAGUUACCUCUUGCUGUUUGUUCUGUAUCUGGUUUUAGCAGUCAGGGUGACACUGCUGGUUGCCUGUUACCCAGCAGCCCCAGGUGACAUAAGGAGAUGGUCUGUGGCCUCUCCCAACAGGUUCCUUGCCAGUUUGAUGUGUAUUUUCCUCCAAGAGAAGCACAUGUUUAAAAGGGGGUGGCUACAGCUAAGUAAAACCAGCCACUUGCUGUCACAUUCCUCAGCAUUUGGUGGUUACUGGGCAGCAAGGUGAAGAGCUGACUGGCUUCAACACACUUCCCUGUCAUAUCUCCACUGUGAUGUAUGUAAAGUAUCUUGUAUGUUACAAAAGGAUUUUAAAAGUGUCUUAAGGCCUGUAAACUCCGCUGUUCAGUCAGAAGAUGGCAUUCUGUAAAGAGACUGCUGUAUGAAUACGUCCCCAUGCUUCGUCCCCUACGCUAUCAAACAACGAACCAUAUCUGUUCU